AUGGAAAAAGUGUCUUUAAUAGUGACUGACAAUGCCAAAAAUAUGAUUAACGCUGUCGACAGCGAACUAAAGUUAAAACAUUUAGGAUGCAUUGCACACUCUCUCAAUUUGGCUGUCACAAAUUCUCUAAACGAGGUUAACGACCUUCUAACGAAAAUUAGGGAUAUUGUGAUAGUUUACAGGAGAAGUAAUAUCGCUGCAAAAAAUCUGCGAAAAUAUCUGUGCUCUAGCGAGGAGAGAAAAGACUUAAAAGUCAUCUUAGAUGUGAAGACUCGUUGGAACAGCACGUUUUAUACGGUAAAACAUUUCUUUGAACUGAAAGACGCUAUUCAUUCUACAAUGGGUUUGAUGAACGAACCCCCAGAGGCUCUUGACGUGCCAGAAUGGGAAAGUGUCCAACAUCUUUGUGACGUUUUGAAACCUUUUGAAAAGGUGACAUGCGAGUUGAGUUCGGAAAAAUACUUGUCAGCAUCUAUGGCGCCAGUGUUAAUAGGCAGCCUUAAAAAAAUCUGUGAAAAUCUGCUUAGUAAAAGUGUUAAUGAACAAGUACAAAAUGUGGUACUAGUACUACAACGUAAAUUGUGUAAUAGAUUUACAACUAUCGAUUCAAGAGAAGACAUUGCUCAAGCCGCUUUGAACCUCGAAUAA